AUUCAGGAUAACACGGCGUUCUUGACUGUGAAUCUAAAUGGCGUUUUGCGUGUAGCAUUGCUUGUAUGGACCUAAUUGUCUGAAAACGCAUACUUCUGUUUGGCCCACUUAUACGGGGAAGGAAGGAGAGUGGUUACGUUGGUAUUUUGUGAUUAGUUUCAGUUUCAGACCGUCCCAGUUAACCCAAAACCUUUCUUGAACAAUUUAACUGGAAAACCUGUCAUCGUGAAGUUGAAGUGGGGAAUGGAGUAUAAAGGUUAUCUUGUGUCUGUUGAUGGCUACAUGAACCUACAGCUGGCAAAUACUGAAGAGUAUAUUGAAGGCCAGAAGACUGGAGAUCUUGGAGAGAUCCUCAUCAGGUGCAACAAUGUCCUAUAUCUUCGGGGUGUUCCUGAGGACGAGGAGAUAGAGGAUGCUGAUAAAGACUGACAUACAAGCUUUUAGGAUUGUUAUAUGUUGCAGAUCUAUCACAGCCAGCUCAUGGGAGACGGAUAUAUUAGGGCGUAGAAGUUACUGGCUAAGAUGGGUGUGAUACAUGACAUACAAUUUACAGAGUGCGUAUUAUGUAAAAGAAUCGCUUAAUAUGGCGUAACAAAAUAUUCGUACGAGUUUUAUGGAAAUGGAAAUCUGGUUAGUUGGA